AUGGAGGAAUUUUUUCAAUACAUUGGUCCUAAUGACGACGUCGUCUUGUCUUCUACUUUAUUAAACCAUGAACGAAUGUUUGUUUACUCAUCUCCACGUGAAAAUCCAAUCGAUCGAUGUGGAGAAUUACGUGUGGGGUCAUAUUUUGCAUGCUCUUCGGUGCUUUUUUAUGACGAUAAUAUCUGGAUAAAAAUCCGUCGCGGUUAUUUUUCCAAUAUCAAUCAGAAUGGCUACAUUCGUGUAUACUUGAAGUUCCCAACUGGCUCGCAACCAAUGGAUGGCUGUGAUUUACCGUCUCGUCAGCGCUCUUCAGUAGUCACAGCACAACCGGCACAAUUCCGACAUAUCCGGAGACUCCCACAAUUUCCAACGUACAUGUGUGCCUAUGACCGUUUAGUAUUGUAUCGAGAACCAGUGUUUACUUUGCACUCAACGUCGGUAUCGUCAUCAUCCCCUUUAACUUCAAGUGCGACAUUGCCUCGUCACAUGCAACGGUAUUUACCACCUGUGAGUGUAUUUCGAGCUACCGAAUGCCGAUUUAAUCAGGAUUUUACACAAUUAUCGAUCAAGGUGACGUCGGCUUUGGUUGGAUUAAGUGGGUGGAUCAAUACAUCGUUCCACAAGAUGCUGAUUGAAGUGGAAGAUCCGGAAAAAUUCGGCUUUUUUCAUCAUGGACCACUUUAUAUGCAAAAUGUUGCAGGACGAGGAGGUAAAUGGGCUGGGGAAUUACCCGUCCGUGCAAUUCCAAGUCUUCAAGCACCACGGCUGUAUAAUGUUGAGAGUUUUCGAGUCGUGCGUGCAAUUGAGCGUAAAUUGCUCAAAGAUCGGGUGUGGAUACGUAUUCAGCCGUUGCAAAAGUUAAAACAAUUGCAGCUUUUUGGAGGCGAGACGAAAAGUAAAGAAGAACAUCACAUUGAGGUAGAAGGGGAGAAUGACCAAGAAGAAAAACAGACUGCAGGUCCGGAUGCGUGGAUUAUUGAACGCAAUGCAAACACUGCCCAGAGAGUGGUGGUACCAUGGGGAAAUGACCGUAUUUGGGAUGUGCCAGUGGACGACGAUGCGGAACGGUUCUACCGUACGGUAUAUAGCCGUCGACCACUGCCUUUGCGCCGCACUGCGGACCUGGAAGCAGAGAUUGUUGGUCAUCUUGAACCAGGAUUUGUAUUCUCCUCUACUCACCGCAUUCUCAACGACAGGGGACGCAUGUGGAUUCGAGUGGCACUACCUUCAGAAGCUCAUCUUAGUAAAAGUGUUGCUGACGACGUUGGCGAGUCUGACAACGCGAAUAGCAAUUUUGAAAGCAACGUAGAAGAGUCGAAGGAGGAGGAAGAAGAGUUUGAAGACCUUGGCGAAUCUGUGCGGUACGGCUAUGUGAUUCAAUCGAACGCCAAGACCAAUACUUGUAUGGUCCAGGAAAUUCCUUCGCCCGGAAAAAUGAAUCCAAAACAAUACUAUCAGGUCUCACUUUUAUCGGAUGACACGCAAGCGCAGACGACAAGCAGCAGCAACGCGGAAAAAGUAACAGGAAGUGCAACAGAAAAUACGUUGCCGGCUUGUGCUGAGGCUUCGAGCUCCGCGAAAGAGCUGUUUUACGUCAGAAAUGGUGCAAUUGUAUCUGCCAUUGGCUCUGUAUACAAUGCCAACGAAGGACGAAUGUGGCUGCAAGUUCUAGCAAUGGAGUUGGAUCCGGCCAUGCAAGUGAAGACCCAGUGGCCGCUUUCCGAAGCUGAACAGAAGCUGAAUGUGGUUUAUUUACCAAUUUGUGAUCCGAAUAGGAAUUCACCCGAGAGUGUUCUUAAGCCCAUUCACCGUGAGUUGGUAAGGAUUGAUAAUCCUCUUCAAGCUGAAACGAAUGGACAGCGAGCUCCGUCGCGGGUCGUGUUUACUGGUCGGGCAUCAAAGCUUUUUGGCUCCCAUUUGUUGCGUCCGUCUACUAUCGGAUUGUCGUCGGCAUUUCCGACGAAACAGCAUGGACCUGAAUUGCAGAGCAGUGGUAUUACGGUCUCUGACCCAGUUGUGGGCGAGAACGACCGUACACAAAGUCUAAAGGACGAGAUUACUGCGUGGCAGCUUCAGACAGGCAAAAGUCGUAUGACCCAAUUGUCUACACAGCUUGGUUCUUUGGUCGGCUACACUUUGAGUUGUAUACGUCGGCCAUUUGCUUCGUGCUUGGCGCAUCAGGAGGCAAAACGACGAUAUCAGCAAUUGGAUCAGAAUGGACAAGACAUGGAAGAAUAUGCACUUGAUGACAACGAGGUGAAUGUGGAAGGUACGUAG